AUGUUGCGCUCAGGACUCUCGCCCACCGCUGAGAUAGAGCAUGUCUUCGCGAUCAGGAUGGCACUAGCUCCCGGCAACGGAUUUGAGCCCGCCAUGGACUACCUCAAGCUCACCCGCGAUCUCGUGGACAAAUUCCUCACGAUGUUGGACGAGCGUUCGCCGGCGCACGGAAAUGCCGACAAUCUCCGCGAUGUCGCCAACGGCUUCUUCCUCGGUGUCUUGAUCAGGCGUCUUUUGACAGACAAACGCACCGGCGACGCUUGGCACGUUCUUGUUCGCUAUGGGGACGUGAACCAACAUUUUGGACGGAGGAUCGCGCAGCAAAUCGCGCAACAGGCUCAGCACAUGGCCGCUUGGGUGGGCGCUCAUAAAGGGAGCCGCGACACAGUUUCUUCGGGGAUUGAGGUGGACUUGUCUACUCGCCUUCCAUUGACUCAGGUCGUUGAGUACGUCACGCUUCUCUGA